AUGUCCGAGCAAAAUAUCACAACCAUUGUAGAUAGCAUUGAAGAGGUAUAUCACAACCACUGCCGACAUGAUGUCACCUUGACUCUCACCAACCUCAUCAUUGAUGGCAUCUCAUCUCAUUCAACCCUUCUGGACUUGUACAUUGUCCUCCACAUGGCUUUUAUAUCUAGCCUCUAUAAAUUGAUCGGCACUGUGUUUGCUUACUUCGUUCAGAACGCAGUUGCGUCAUAUGAACAGCACCUCGCUUCGGUGGACGAAAAGUCAACAGCCAACUCAACUGAAGUCCCUGAAGACCUAGGAAAAGAGUGUUCUAACCUCGUCGUGCUUUCUCAGAGCUACCUUUCUGAGUUCAGGGUAGAGCUUCUGCUGAAACUUCUUCGAAAUGACCCUAUGGCAUUGAAGGACAUUGUAACCCUAGCACAGUCUUGGGUGGCCGGACAUGCCAAUGCUAUUCGGCAUCCCCCGCACAGAAGUCAAGAAGUUCGCCAAUCCCCAUCACUGGCUGGAACAUUUUCCUCCAAUAUGCAUGGAAGAUAUUGUUUGAUGGCAAAUGAACAAGUUGCAUGCACUGGGAAAAGUGUCAAUCCCCAAGAGUACACUGGCGUCAAGAUGGAGGUUGUGGAAUGGUGUAUGGUGUCUUUGCAAUCAAUGACAUGGAAGUGUUUGUGUGCACGCAUCGUGCAGCAUGUAAUAUGGCUUUCCAAGACUCAACAGUUACUGGAGAUAGAUGGAGUGGCCAUCAUCGGCACAAAGAUCAAAGCACCGUUUGGACUGGUUUCUGAGGUGUACAUGUUGCCCAUGGACAAUGUUUUGGCCACAAAUAUUCUGUCUGUUCAAGAGGCGAAGCCCAAAGUUUGCGCAAGCAUGAUCAAACAGGGAUUGGCUUUCGCAUAUGCCAAGCCAGAGAACUUGGUCAUAUCAUGCAGUGCGGAUGAGUUGCUGGCAAAGAUGGAGACCUGGAUGGUUGAGACUAGGAACUUGUUCAAAGCCACCUUGGCCUGGCUGAACAAGUGGGCGUGUGCUCGGACAUAUGAUCUGGGGUCCAAGUUGCCUUGGGAUCCCCAAUUUAUGGUUGAAAGUUUGAGCGACUCCACUAUCUACAUGGCAUACUACACUGUCACACAUUUGUUGCACGGCAAAGAUUUGGUCUAG